AUGUUAAUAACUGUGCAAGCAAGGCAAUACACCAUCCCCACCACAACCCUCCUCCAGCGGCUAGAAUGGUGUCAAAAGGAUGAAGCUAAAUUCUUUUGUGAAUUGGACAUUGGAGAAUUUCCAAGCCGUGUACCUGCUGGCUCCAAACCCUUCCCAGAGCUUGACGAUAAACUCAACUUCCGGUUUGUAAGGUGGUUAUACCGAAGCAACGGCAGCGAUCUCGCCUUGGUCGAACUCCCUAAUCAUCCUCUCACUGUCCUAAAAAUCCACAAGCGAGCACCCUUAUCCAAGGCAGAGAAGGCCACCUACGCACAUCUGCGGUCCUUCAAUGUACAAUCAUGCAUCCUGCAUUGUUACGGAUGGAGAAAAGUUACACCCGAGGCUUUUAUGGGCGUAGAAGAACCUACCUGCUUUGGGCCCGAGGACACGUUCACGGUAGAGCUGCGAGAGGAUGGUAACGCCUCCCGCUUGCCCAAGCGUCUACCUCCGGAACGGGCUGCACCUACAUCAUAUAACUGGAACAAUGAAAGAGACAAGAGAAUGCUCGAGUUGGACGUCGACUUCCGCCCACCAUCGGUUGAGAAGAGCUGGAACUGGGUACUGGACGACGAUCAAUUUGGCUCUGAUGCAGCUUCAUCAUCCAGCGAGGAUAGCCUGACCUACAGUCGAUGCGCCCUGCUACUCGAAUACCUACCGAAUGCGCACCGCUUUCAAUCGCACAGACUCACACAUGAGCUUGCCUGCACUGCGCUUGAUGGCCUGCAGCAGAUCCAGAAGGCUCUGGUGGAGCACGGUGACCACAACUGA